AUGAGCGCAGCAGCACAACAACGCCAGCGUGCAGCGAUGUCCAGAGAAAUGUGUAAUGUGAUCGAUGCUGUUGCGAACAUCAAAGAUGUAUUCCGCUGUUUUAUAUGUAUGGAAAAAUUGAAGGAUGCUCGACUAUGCCCACACUGUUCCAAAUUAUGCUGCCAUACGUGUAUGAGGAGAUGGCUCUGUGAACAAAGAUCUCAUUGCCCUCAUUGCAGUCUUCUUGAGUAUUUUUAUCUAGCUACUAGCAGUAAAAUUAAACAUGCUAUCUUGAAAAGCAAAUGGGUUGAAGAAGUUACUGAUCAACUGGAGUCAUUAAAAUUUGUAUCUCAAAACAAUAAAUCUCAUACUAAAAUUACACCAGAAGAUAGCUGUGAAAUCCACAAAGAAAAAUUAACGGUAUUCUGUAAUACAUGUAUGAGAUCCAUUUGUCAUCAAUGUGCACUAUGGGGUGGCGAUAUUCAUCAUGGUCACUCAUUUCAACCUAUCGAAGAUAUAUACAAGCAAUGUUCAUCAAAGAUAUCAAAUGAAGUUAACUCAAUAAGACAACGCAUAGGCAGUUUUGUUAGCAAAAUUGAGGAAACAGAUAAAAAGAUAGAAAAAAUUAAAAGGGCUAAAGACAUUGCAGUACAGGAAGUGCAAGUUACCUUUAAUAAUAUCACAUCGCGUCUUGACCGCCAAUUAAAACAAAAAUUAGAGAAAUUACAUAGUCAAAAAGAUAACCUAAGUAGCCAAAUGCAUUCCCUUGAGCAAUUUCUUAGUGAAAUCGAUCGAGAUAUCUCUCAAUCAUCGAAAAGUCGCUUUAUAGCCAGAUCUACAGAAUUACAAGAAACAAUGGAAGAGAUCCGAUUAAAAUCGAUUGAAUCACUCAUUACAGAAGAAAUUGAAAUCGUCUUUGACAGAAGGAAAAAACGAUACAGUAACCCUUUAUAUAGUCGAAUGCUUGACACUCACGGUUUAAAAUGGCGUCUGAAAGUUUAUCCGAAUGGCAGUGGAUCGUCCUCUGGAGAAUUUUUAUCGGUGUUUCUCGAAUUACAUGCUGGUCCACAGCGUACAUCGAAGUACGGUAUCAUCUUACCAAAUUUUAAGAGUACAAAGAAAAUUAAUUUUCCCUCACAACUAGCAUCAGACUUUGAUGUUGGAGAAUCCUGGGGUUAUAAUCGUUUCUUUCGUCUAGAUUUACUGUCUAGGGAAGGUUAUCUAGUGAAUGAUUCAAUUCAAUUAAGAUUUUCCGUUAGACAUCCAUCCUAUUACUCUAAAUGUAGCGAUCUAGAAUGGGUUGUAGAAAUGUUAGAAAAAAAGCAUCAAAACGUUGUAGCUGAACUUGGAAAGCUGAAAGAGCGCUUAUUGAAGGGUAAGCCUGAGGAAAAAAUAUCAAAAGACGAAUCUUCUAGUGAAACACGGGUAGAACUUGAGCUGUCAUCAUUGGAUGCAUCCAUUGAUGAAUCUAGCGCUCGUUUUGCAUUGACGCACAAAAAAGAGGACGAAGUUGGUUCUGACGAGUCGUUGAAUACCUCUGAAGGGAGAGCUGUCGCAGGUUUAGCAAAUACGCCGCAAUCAAAGUGUACACAUCGUUCUUUAAGAAGAAAUUCUCCAUCAAAUGUAACUAUAACCAGGUCCUCAACCUCCGAAAAAGCUCAUGCAAGUACUUCCUCAUCCCUGGUUACCAACCAACAUCAAAAUGCAAGACAGUUAAGAGAAUCCCAGUUAAAGUUAAUAGCUAAUGAUGCAUCUCAUCAAGCAAGGAAAGAUACAUACGUUGUUAACAACCAAGAAAUAAUAGUUGUUGAUAGCGAUUCAGACCUAGAUGGUAUAUCUAAUGGUGGUUAUUAA